GUGGCCUUCCCUUGGGAUGAUAGAAUGUACACCCCCAAAACAACACGAUACGCAUACCUUACACAAACCCCUUCUCUCCCGUUUCCGUCACCCUCUCUCUCUCUCUCUCUCCCCGUGUUCCAUUUCUGUUCUUCUUUAUCGGGGUCGGUGGUGGUUGGGUUUUGGAUUGCGAGUCCAAACGCCAUUGAUUCCGGUAUGAGUUAAAGAGGAGAGAUAGAGAGAGAGUGUGUGUGCAUGAGCGAACACAUAAUGGAAAUUGAGAGAAUUAGGCAGUUGUUGCUCCUCUGGUGUAGGAUCCAAAGCACCCGUGUGGCCCUUGUGGGUGGUAACCACACCUCUUCCAGGUUCUGUACUCGCUAAAACUUUCUCUUCAGCCCCCUUGCUUUCUUCUCCUUUUGAUUGCUUACCGUUAAUUUGGUAAUCUACAAUUUGGAUCUGGGUUUUUUUUAUUUGGCCUUAAUUGUUCUGCUCAAUUGGUUGUGGAUUUGAACUUAUUUGUUUGGAUUGAAAUUGAGGACCAAUCGUGGAAAUCCAUGGAAUUCGAUCGUGGGUUUGGGGUCAAGAACCAGAAAAUGCCUGGACAUUUUCAUGGUGGCAGCAGGAAUGGCUUUGAGUCUAAUACUCUUUUGGUGAUUAAGCUUCCUGAUUUGAGGGUUAUGCACAUUGCCUCAAGAUCGGUGCUUUUGGUUAUAAUUAUAUUUGCAUUGCCUUUUAUUAUGUUCCAAUCAAGGGAUCCUACAAGUUCUUAUGCUGAUGCUUUUGGUUCUGAUCCAAUUGAUGUCAACUUUCUUAAUAUGGUCUUGCAAGGUUUGGCUAAUGAGGGCCUUAUCAAGAAUGGCGAUAAAGCCCUGAUCUUAAGUUCCGGUGUUGAGGUUUCACGAUUUUCAAUCGACAAUGCGAUUGAUUUGGUGUUUGAUUCUGAUUUUGGCUUGAAAAGCUCAUUACCGGAUGUAAAAUUUGAUUUUGUUUUUACGUCUGGUCUUGUGGAUACUCAAUUUGUUGAUCGAGUUUUAAAGGUUGGAGGCAUUGUGUCUAUGCAAUUGAGUAAUGAGCUUUCUAAUGAUUUUGAAAAGCAAUCAAAUUAUAAGAUUGUGUAUCUCCGGCGACACGGUUGCUGUAUCACUGCAAUGAGGAAAACAAGAACAGUUAAUGAAGUAAUGAGUUCCUCUGCGAAACGGCUGCUUUGCCAAUUGCCAUUGGAGGCCAAGAAAGCAGCUUUGAAUGGUUUGGAAGAUGUUCUGCUUGAGCCACCAAGAAAGGCUUUAGAAAAAACUACUGGAUUCUUGAAAAUGUUCAAGUAUCUCCCUGACUUGUUAGAUGAUUCCCUAGAAGGUUAUUCUCGUCGAAUUUUCAUUAAUGUUGGGUUACCAAAAGAGAAGGAUAGUGUUAAAAAAUGGUUCAGCAAGAAUUACCCAACAAGAAAUCAAGAAUUUGAGAUGUACAACAUCGAGGUGGCACGUCCCGGUAUUGAUGUUUCACAUUGGUUGCAGAAGAAUGUGAACGAAGAGGACUUUGUUGUGAUGAAAGCUGAAGCAGACGUGGUAGAGGAAAUGAUCAAGAGCAGUAUAGUUUCUGUGGUCGAUGAACUGUUUCUGGAGUGCAAGAACCAAUGGCAGGAUGAGAAGAGAAAGAAGAGCCAGAGGGCUUAUUGGGAGUGUUUGGCCUUGUAUGGAAGGCUAAGGGAUGAAGGAGUUGCUGUACAUCAAUGGUGGUAAUCAGCUGUGCAAUGCUUUUAAUCAAAUAUCAUAUGUAAGUCUACUACAUUCAGAAUAAGAAAGGGGAGAGAGAAAAUUGUCUCCUCUAGUUUUCUUUGAUUCAUGGAGUUGUGGGUUUCUUUUGUUGAUUUAUCUGUUUUCUCCUUCAAUCAAUCCACUUUAUUGUUUCA